GGCGCGGUGUGGGGAGGGGUGGCGGGGAUCUGUCGCCCGGAACGCGCAGCGCCGUGCGCGCCCCUUGCGGGCCCCUCCUUCCCUUCGAUGGCUUGGCCGGCUGCAGCCGUCCCUGCGCACGCGCACUAAGCCCACCCCGCGCCCUCCGGUGCCAGUCCACCGGUGUCCUCGCGCUGUGCGAAAUCUGGCGCCGCCGCCGCUGGGGUAGCGGCGUUUUUCCCCAGGCGCGCACGCGCACUCGCGCCCUCGGUGUCCGCGCGUGCCCAUCUUCCCGGGCUACAGUCCUCGCGGCGCGCUCGGCCCCGUGGGCCGUUAUCCACCUUCCAACCCCCGCCCGGGCGCCUCUCGUCCCUCAGAAACGCACGCGCACUUGCGAGAGGGUCUCCAGCACGCGCACGGCCGCAGAAGGAGGCGACAACGCCGCCGCCGCCAUUGCGCGGGAGGGAGGGAGGGAGCGAGCGAGGCUGGUCCGCCCUCCCCCUGGUUCCCGCCCCUCCCCCUUCUCCUCCCCGCCCCCCGCCCCGAGGGAGAGCCGCGGCGCGGCGGGAGGAGGAGGAGGUGGAGGAGGCGGAGGAGGGAGCCCGCGAGGGAGGGUCCGCCCGGCCCCCCGCCGCCGGAGCCGCCACCGCCGCCUCAGCCGCCUCAGGAACGAGUCGCUAGGGGAACAUGGCGCCGGGCCCGCCGUCGCUGCGGCCGGGAUCGCGGAGGUCGGGGCCGCGCUGAGGGCGCCCCCAAGGCUGGCAGACAUGUUGGCUAUUUGGCGAUGAGAAGUAGGAAGAACUGACAUUAUACUGGUUUAGAACACUAUGGGACCUGACAUUUGUCCUGCUUGGGCAGCCAGUGUCCACUGGUACUGCUAAGAAGCCCUCACUCUACUUGCAGAACACUAAUCUGAUCUUGGAAGUGGCUGAUUGUGGCAGGAUGUUUCGAAGAUGAUGAUGGCAAGAAAGCAAGAUGUCCGAAUCCCCACCUACAACAUCAGUGUGGUGGGAUUGUCAGGCACUGAGAAGGAGAAAGGCCAGUGCGGCAUUGGGAAGUCUUGUCUAUGUAACCGCUUUGUGCGCCCAAGUGCUGAUGAGUUUCACCUGGACCACACUUCCGUCCUCAGCACCAGUGACUUUGGUGGGCGGGUGGUCAAUAAUGACCACUUUCUGUACUGGGGAGAAGUUAGCCGCUCCCUGGAGGACUGUGUGGAAUGUAAGAUGCACAUUGUGGAGCAGACUGAGUUUAUUGACGAUCAGACUUUUCAACCUCAUCGAAGCACGGCACUGCAGCCUUAUAUCAAGAGAGCUGCAGCCACCAAGCUUGCUUCAGCUGAAAAACUUAUGUAUUUUUGCACUGACCAGCUGGGGCUGGAGCAAGACUUUGAGCAGAAACAGAUGCCAGAUGGGAAGCUGCUGGUUGACGGUUUCCUUCUGGGCAUCGAUGUUAGCAGGGGCAUGAACAGGAACUUUGAUGACCAGCUCAAGUUUGUCUCCAAUCUCUACAAUCAGCUUGCAAAAACAAAAAAGCCCAUAGUGGUAGUCCUGACUAAGUGUGAUGAGGGCGUUGAGCGGUACAUUAGAGAUGCACAUACUUUUGCCUUAAGCAAAAAGAACCUCCAGGUUGUAGAGACCUCUGCAAGGUCCAAUGUGAAUGUGGACUUGGCUUUCAGCACCUUAGUGCAACUCAUUGAUAAGAGUCGAGGGAAGACAAAAAUCAUCCCUUACUUUGAAGCCCUCAAACAGCAGAGUCAGCAGAUAGCUACAGCAAAGGACAAGUAUGAGUGGUUGGUGAGCCGCAUUGUGAAAAAUCACAAUGAGAACUGGCUGAGUGUCAGCCGAAAGAUGCAGGCCUCCCCUGAGUACCAGGACUAUGUCUACCUGGAAGGGACACAGAAGGCCAAGAAGCUCUUCCUCCAACACAUUCACCGCCUCAAGCAUGAGCAUAUUGAACGUCGGAGAAAGCUGUACCUAGCAGCUCUGCCAUUGGCUUUUGAAGCCCUCAUACCUAAUCUAGAUGAAGUGGACCACCUGAGCUGCAUUAAAGCAAAAAAGCUGUUAGAGACCAAGCCAGAGUUCUUAAAGUGGUUUGUUGUACUUGAAGAAACACCAUGGGAUGCCACCAGCCACAUUGACAACAUGGAAAAUGAACGGAUUCCCUUUGACUUGAUGGAUACUGUCCCUGCUGAGCAGUUGUAUGAGACCCACUUGGAGAAGCUGAGGAAUGAGAGGAAGAGAGCUGAGAUGCGAAGGGCUUUCAAAGAAAACCUGGAGACCUCUCCUUUCAUAACUCCAGGGAAACCUUGGGAAGAAGCUCGUAGUUUUAUUAUGAAUGAAGAAUUCUACCAGUGGUUGGAAGAAUCUGUGUAUAUGGACAUCUAUGGCAAGCACCAAAAGCAGAUUAUAGACCGGGCAAAGGAAGAGUUCCAAGAGUUGCUUUUGGAGUAUUCAGAAUUAUUUUAUGAGCUGGAGCUGGAUGCUAAACCCAGCAAGGAAAAGAUGGGUGUCAUCCAGGAUGUUCUGGGUGAAGAACAACGAUUUAAAGCAUUGCAGAAGCUCCAGGCAGAGCGUGAUGCCCUCAUUCUGAAGCACAUUCAUUUUGUGUACCACCCGACGAAGGAGACAUGCCCAAGCUGUCCAGCUUGUGUAGAUGCUAAGAUUGAACACUUGAUCAGUUCUCGCUUUAUCCGACCAUCUGAUAGGAAUCAGAAGAACUCUCUUUCUGACCCUAAUAUUGAUAGGAUCAAUUUGGUUAUCUUAGGCAAAGAUGGCCUUGCCAGAGAGUUGGCCAAUGAAAUUCGAGCUCUUUGUACAAAUGAUGACAAGUAUGUGAUAGAUGGUAAAAUGUAUGAGCUUUCUCUGAGGCCAAUAGAGGGGAAUGUCCGGCUUCCUGUGAACUCUUUCCAGACACCAACCUUCCAACCCCAUGGCUGUCUCUGCCUUUACAAUUCAAAGGAGUCACUGUCCUAUGUGGUUGAAAGUAUAGAGAAGAGCAGAGAGUCUACACUGGGCAGGCGGGAUAAUCACUUAGUCCAUCUCCCCUUGACCUUAAUUUUAGUUAACAAGAGAGGGGACACAAGUGGAGAGACUCUGCACAGCUUGAUACAGCAAGGUCAGCAGAUUGCCAGCAAACUUCAGUGUGUCUUUCUUGAUCCUGCUUCUGCUGGCAUUGGUUAUGGACGAAACAUUAAUGAGAAGCAGAUCAGUCAAGUUCUGAAGGGACUCCUGGACUCUAAGCGCAACUUAAACCUGGUUAGCUCUACUGCUAGUAUCAAAGAUUUGGCUGAUGUGGACCUUCGAAUUGUCAUGUGUCUGAUGUGUGGUGAUCCCUUUAGUGCAGAUGACAUUCUCUCUCCUGUCCUGCAGUCCCAAACUUGUAAAUCUUCGCACUGUGGGAGCAGCAACUCUGUUUUACUUGAACUUCCAAUUGGACUACACAAGAAGCGCAUUGAGCUAUCUGUUCUUUCAUACCAUUCCUCAUUUAGCAUCCGAAAGAGCCGGUUGGUUCAUGGGUACAUUGUUUUUUAUUCAGCCAAACGUAAGGCCUCCUUGGCAAUGUUACGUGCCUUUCUUUGUGAAGUGCAGGAUAUUAUCCCCAUCCAGCUUGUCGCACUCACUGAUGGCGCUAUAGAUGUCCUGGACAAUGACUUAAGUCGAGAGCAGCUAACAGAGGGAGAGGAAAUUGCACAAGAAAUUGAUGGGAGAUUUACAAGUAUCCCUUGUAGCCAGCCCCAGCAUAAACUUGAGCUCUUUCAUCCCUUUUUUAAAGAUGUGGUGGAGAAAAAGAACAUAAUUGAGGCCACACACAUGUAUGAUAAUGUGGCUGAAGCCUGCAGCACCACUGAGGAGGUGUUCAACUCCCCCAGAGCUGGGUCACCCCUCUGCAACUCAAAUUUACAGGACUCAGAAGAAGAUGUGGAGCCUCCAUCGUACCACCUGUUUCGGGAAGAUACGACAUUGCCCUCCCUGUCCAAAGAUCAUUCCAAGUUCUCUAUGGAACUGGAGGGAAAUGAUGGGCUAUCUUUCAUAAUGAGCAAUUUUGAGAGUAAACUGAACAACAAAGUACCUCCACCAGUCAAACCAAAGCCUCCUGUGCAUUUUGAUAUCACAAAAGAUCUAUCUUACUUAGACCAAGGCCAUCGGGAAGGACAGAGGAAGUCUAUGUCUUCUAGCCCCUGGAUGCCUCAGGAUGGGUUUGAUCCUUCUGACUAUGCAGAGCCCAUGGAUGCUGUGGUCAAGCCUAGGAAUGAGGAAGAAAACAUAUACUCAGUGCCACAUGACAGCACCCAGGGCAAGAUCAUUACCAUUCGGAACAUCAACAAAGCCCAGUCCAAUGGCAGUGGUAAUGGUUCUGACAGUGAGAUGGACACAAGUUCUCUAGAGCGAGGCCGCAAGGUAUCUGCAGUGAGUAAACCUGUGCUGUACAGGACGAGAUGCACUCGCCUGGGGCGGUUUGCUAGUUACCGCACCAGCUUCAGUGUCGGGAGUGAUGAUGAGCUGGGACCCAUCCGAAAGAAAGAGGAGGACCAGGCAUCCCAAGGUUAUAAAGGGGACAAUGCUGUCAUUCCAUAUGAAACAGAUGAGGACCCCAGGAGGAGGAAUAUCCUUCGAAGUCUAAGGAGGAACACCAAGAAACCAAAGCCCAAACCCCGGCCAUCCAUCACAAAGGCAACCUGGGAGAGUAACUAUUUUGGGGUGCCCUUAACAACAGUGGUGACUCCAGAGAAGCCGAUACCCAUUUUCAUUGAAAGAUGCAUUGAGUACAUCGAAGCCACUGGACUAAGCACUGAAGGCAUCUACCGGGUCAGUGGAAACAAGUCAGAAAUGGAAAGUUUGCAAAGGCAGUUUGAUCAAGACCACAAUCUGGACCUGGCAGAGAAAGACUUCACCGUGAACACUGUGGCAGGGGCCAUGAAGAGUUUUUUCUCAGAGCUACCAGACCCCCUAGUACCAUACAGCAUGCAGAUUGACUUGGUGGAAGCUCACAAAAUCAACGACAGGGAACAGAAGUUGCAUGCUCUGAAGGAAGUGCUGAAGAAAUUCCCAAAGGAAAACCAUGAAGUCUUCAAAUAUGUCAUCUCCCACCUGAACAAAGUCAGCCACAACAACAAGGUGAAUCUUAUGACCAGUGAGAACCUGUCCAUCUGCUUCUGGCCCACACUGAUGCGGCCUGACUUCAGCAGCAUGGACGCCCUCACAGCCACGCGCUCCUACCAGACCAUCAUCGAGCUCUUCAUCCAGCAGUGCCCCUUCUUCUUCUACAACCGGCCCAUCAGCGAGCCGCCAGGGGCUGCGCCUGGCUCCCCUUCAGCCAUGGCUCCCACUGUCCCCUUCCUCACCUCUACACCUGCUAUCAGUCAGCCAUCACCUCCUCAGUCACCUCCUCCAACCCCUCAGUCCCCAAUGCAGCCAUUGCUCUCCUCUCAGCUCCAAGCCGAACACACACUCUGAGCCACCACAGCCCAGGAAGCAGGAAAACCAGUUGUCUUCUUGACAGGGUGGCAUUUGGCCUUGAACAAAAUCAUGUCCCCUGGGGUGGAAGUCACAGCCAAGCGCCUUUUUAAGACUUCAGUAGUGGCACUAGCCGGUGUCCAUCACAACUGGGCAGCUGAGCACCUUGCUCUUCACCUGCCCUGGCUAUGGCUGUGGCAAGCUGUGAGGCCUCGCCUUGGUCUGGGCCAAUCUGAGGACUGAACUGACCAGAUAGCGGCCCCAUCACCCUUACUGCUCCUUGGACCCCUUGGCCCAACCUGUCUGCCUGCACCAGUGUCAGGCCCCACCAUCGGGAUCUCACCCCAGCCUCUGCCAGGGGCAGAGGUAACCCCAGCAGGGCUGGCCCCUCUAAAGAGGACAUUUCCCAGUUUGUCCUCUCUCGUUGUCCAUAACUACACACCUGCAGCGGGGUUCUGGGGAACAUGUGAGCUAUGGCUCUGCUACCCCAUAGGACACACUGGGGCACUGGCAUGGCCCAACAGCACAGCAAGAGGAGAGCUUUGUGCCUAGACCCAGUGUGUGGCUUUCCUCCAACCCCUUCCCUGGCUUCUGAUCCAUUCCCUGCAGCAAAGGAACACUGGAAGAAAGAUGGACUCCUCCACAGAAAGACAGAAACCACGGGAAGAAAAAAGACCUCAAGUGUCCACUCCCACCUGCUAGGUGGCUACUGGGUAAAAAGUCCCUUUGUCUAUGUGUGACAGCAAAGCAAGGACACCUGGGCAGUAACUACAACCACAGCCCCCUCCCCUCACCCCCUGAGAAAACAGCCCUUGGAAGGAUUGUUCGCAUGGCCCUUACCCUGCUGCCAACCAACACACUACAUACACUACUAUAGAAACACUACAGGUGCACACAGCACCCAGGUUGGCAUGUUUGGUGUUGAAGUGGGUCAUUUCAUUCCAUGUUGUAGAUGCAACCAGAAAGGGUGUCUGGGACAUGAGCAGUAUGGCACCUUCCAGAAAUGAUCAUCUGGUUAUGGGAUGGAGGGACCUGUUCUCAAGCAAAGGCACUAUGCCUGGCUUGUCAUCACUGACCCGGCAGCCUCCCCAUACUCUGCUCCUGAUGUAGCAGCCCUUGUCAGUUCCUGCCUUUGCCCCCCCCCCACUUUAAUCUAAGCACUGGGCCAUGAAAUCUGACACUAAGGUACCCUGAGCAUAGGAGGGGCAUGGGUUGCACCAUUGCACUUUAGAAAUAACACGUGGGAGUGUUCCCAAGGGCCUCAGGUGGACUGCCACCCUGCCUUUACCUCUGUAGAACAAGAGGAGGAUGGCUGGCCCCUGGCCCAGGGUCCUGGCUGUCUCCCUAUCUCUAAUACUUGGCAACAUAAGGUGCUUGCAAACACUAAGGCUGCCCCCUGCAAAGUAAUCUCCAAGACAAAACCAAACCCAAGGUACAAAUGUGUUAUACGUAAAUGCUUUCCUUCCUGGGGUUCUGUGUUGGAUGUUGUGGGCCUGGAGUCAGUAGGAACAUAAUGUGUGUGGUGUCCACUAAGGUUGCAGGCAGUCCCCUUCCUUGACUUCAUGCCCCAAGCCUCAGCUAUUUGAAAUGGCUUCCAUACAGUAGUUUCCAUGUUGGGCCUUUGCAGAGAUAGAAGUGGAGCCAUCCUGCUGUGAACAGUUAUGAACCAGGCCACCCAUCUAUGAGGCUGCUGCCUGUGCCUGUUUUGUCGGCAGUGGGUGGCAGACAGAGGCAGGCACAUGGCUAGUAGAGCCCUGCUUGGACCUCACUUUGUGGACACCAGACUGGUGCACCUCACUUCUGCUUCAGAGACUCUUGAGUGACCUUCCCACUCAUGACAAGGCAACCUGGGGAACUACAGAAGUCAGGGCACUCAGGCUUGAGUGGGUGGCCAGGUCAGCUGCUGCCCUACCAGAAAGUAGCUCUGGAGGUGACCAGAGCCUGUCACCACCCAACAUCACAGCACGCAGGGCUGGGUUUUGUGUCUCUUGUUGGGUAGUAUGUGUUCCAUCUGCACUGUUCCAGCUUCUCAUCUCUACCUUUUAAGGGAGAUAGAAAUGUCUGGAGCUCUGUGUUGCCCCGUCCUCUCCAUUUUCCCCAGCCAAGGCAGGCAGCCACAGUAGCCGACUUCUUAGAACCUUCAUACGAUCUCCUCCUACUGCAUGGGGUGACAUAAGAGCAACCUGUAGGCCAGAGGGGUGGGUGAGCCCUCCUGUGCUCUGUACCCCUGGCUAGUGGGAAGACUCCCUGAAGACCUGCAUCCCCUAAGUGAGGACCCUACAGGGUACCUUGAGCUCUGCCCCCAGACCCACAGACUUAACAGUGAGCCAACUAUGAUACUCAUCUCCCAAAGUCAUCUACAGAUGGCAGGUUAAAGAAGGUGGUUCUCCAUUCCACAUCCAUUACCAGUGUGCAUGGGGAGGGCACGGGGGUGAACUGGGUCAGUCUAGGCCUGCAGCAGCCAGGGACACUGCAGAGGUGAAGGCUAGAGGCACUAUUACCCAACCAUGAAGCCACCCAAGUAGUGGAGCCAGGACAUAAGUUAUUGUUCACAUUAAAGAAUCAUGUUCCCUGUGUACAUUUUAAGCAAAGGAAAAGUCUCGGGAUUGUAUGGGAAUAAAACUUGUUUGAAAAUUUGGAA